AUGAGUCACUGUGACCAAGAAACUUUAAAUGUGGAACAAACAGAAUUUACAGUUGGUGAUGUUGUAUAUGUCGGUCCUGGGACCCAGCGGAUAGGUAAAAUAGAAUUCAUCGGAGAAACGCAGUUUGCCAGUGGAGUGUGGAUUGGUGUAAAUUUAUUUUCACCUUGUGGAAAGAAUGAUGGUUGUGUCGAUGGUGUGACGUAUUUCACUUGUAGUCCAUUGCAUGGAAUAUUUUCUAAGCGUGGUAAUGUCAGACUUGCACCAAACCCUCUGCCUGAGGAAUCCUGCUCAAAAGUUGGUUCAACAAUUCCUGAUAAAGUGCCAGACAAUCAGUCAAAACAAAACAGCGUUUUAGAUGUCGAUAGUGUCUGUUCAUCCAAGGUGUCUCUAGUGAACUCUCCUGCCUGUGCAUCUGGGCGAAAUGCUUUGCAAAUCGGUGAUCAUGUUCAGGUUUCUGGAGGUCGAAUCGGUAUCCUCAGAUAUCUUGGGCCUACAGAGUUUGCUGUUGGUGAAUGGGCUGGUGUUGAGUUGGAUAGCCCUAUUGGGAAAAACGAUGGCUCAGUUUCUGGCGUACGAUAUUUUACUUGUAAACCAAAUCAUGGCUUGUUUGCAGCCGCUAAUAAAGUUGUACCUGCCGGUAGUAAGGAUGAACUUCGCACAUCUGGUUUUGAUGCAUCAAAAAACAGUCAAACUCGCCGGAGUCAAGAAUCGUUACUAUCCUAUUCAUCCAAUUUGAGUUCAGUAUCUCGCUCUUAUCGUCUAAAUCAAGUUAAUAAUGGAUUACAGAGUCGUAAUGGUGUAGCUGGUAACCGAAGACCGAUAUCAUCAAUGAACACUCCAAAUCGUCGAGAAUCUACAUCUAAUUUACAAACACUACAGCGUUUAGUCAAGGAAAAAGAAGCGCAUAUUGAGAAACUUUUACAAGAACGUGAAAUGGAACGUUCUGACUUAGCUAAAGUUACUUUAGAAAGAGAAAUGGCUCAAGCUGAAACAUUGAAUCAGCAAGCUGUGAUACAACAAUUGAACCAACAAUUAGAAAAUAUGGAAGCUGUUCUUCAACAUUUACGCGAUGAACAUGAGCAAACAACAAUUAAGCUACAUGAAGAGCGAAAAAAUCUUGAAGAUUUACAAUUUCGAAUAGAAGAAGAAAACAUUGACAAGAGCACGAUUGAAUCACAGAAUGCAGACGAUGAAUCGAAAAUAUUUGAACUGGAAGAAGCUUUAAUGUCAGCCCGUGAAACGAAUGAACGUAUGGAAUUAGAAUUAAAUAAAUUACGAGUAGAAUUAAAUGAUCUUUUACAAAAACAAACAAAUGUGUCAAAUCAAAAUGAUGAAAACAAAUCUCAAAUUCAGGGAAAACCAUCUCUUCAAUUCACUGGGCUUGUAUCUGAAACAUCUAUUACUCCAACUGAAAACGAAGGCGAGUCUUUCCAAAAUGAAUGUGAACGGUUGCGUAAUUUGUUGGCUGAGCGUCAGGCUGAAGCAGAAGUUAUGCUAAAGCAUCAAGCUGAAACAAUUGAGUCAUUAACGGUUGAGUUUAAUGGACAAGUUGAAAAACUAAAUUGUCAGUUGCAGAACUCUUCAAAUGAAAUUCAAGCAUUCAAAAACGAGAAUAAUUUACUGAAACAACAGAAUAAUGAAUUAGUCCUAAGUUUAAAGAGUCAAAUUGAUCAAUUAAAUAAACAGCUGACAGAACAAGAAAAAAUUGCUAAUGAAAAAUUAUCCAUGUUUGAAAAUCGGAUUAAAGAGUUGAAUCAUUUAUUAGAAGCAGAGAAAACUAAAUCAACUUCAUCUUCUAAUCAGUCCCAGAUGACCAGUGAAAAUUUGAACAAACUAAAAGACCAACAAAAUAAAACUAUGCAAGAGUUAACUGAUUAUCAGAAUAAUGUUUUAUCGGCUGUUGAAUCAUUUCAUUCUGUACAAAUAGAAGAAGUGAAUAAUUUACAAUUAAUUAACAAAAUCAAUAAUGAUGAUGUUGAUACUGUUACUAAUCAAGAGACUAUUCAGUUAUUAUUGGAAAAACUUAAAGUACAAGAAGAACUAUUCAAUGAACAAAAAGAUCAAUUGCUUAGUAUUCAACUACAAACUAUAGCACUGAAUCAAGAUAAAGAGAAUUCUAACAAUAAACUUAAUGAGGUUGAAAAUUAUUUAAAUAAAUUAAAAAUAGAAUUGAAUGAAUCUAGAAUAAAACAAGAAGAAUUACUUACUGAAUUAAAUAGUGCCCAUUUGAAACGUGAUCAAUUAGUUGAAGAUAUUUCUAAAGUUCUAGGUGAUUUAUCUUUAACUGGAAAUGCAGAGAAUUUAUCAACAAUUUUAUGUAACCGUAUUAAUGAUUUAAAAGAACAAAUAUCCAGACAGGAAAAAGUUCGUCAAGAUUUAGAAAAAUAUUGUCAAACACUAGAAAGUGAACGUAAUGAUCUUGAGAGUGAGCUGACCAGAGUCAAUGUGACUUUGAAAAAUUCCAGUGAAAUACAAAUGGAUAAUUCAACCUUGAAAGAAGAACUUGAUAAUGCGCGACAAAAGAUGUUUUCAUUAGAGAAAAGUGCUUCUAAUGCAUUUAGUCAACUUGAAAUCAAGUCGAAUGAAUUACAGACUAUUCAAUCACAGUUGGAUAAAGUUCUAAAUGAACAAAUGGAGCUUGAGAAAGUACACAACCAUACCAUAACAGCUUUAGAAUCUGAGAAACAAGUAUUGUUGGAGCGAAUUAAAGAGGCAGAAAAUCGUUUACUUGAACACCAACCAAAUUCGUCAACUGAGCUUAGUAAGAUCGUACCCAUUCAUAUUAUCGGUUAUUUGUAGAAUGAUUGAUAAAGUUUGAUUAUUUAAGUGGAUUUUUUAAAUGUUUUUAUGAUUGUAAAUGAUAAAAUUCCUUAGAUUGUAAUCAUCGAUGCUCGUUCAAAUUUCAGUCAAGCUUAGUGUAAAUGUGGUAAUAAAAAAUGCGCUGUUAUCCUACAGUCUUAAAAUCAUUACGAAAUGUUAUAAGAGCAUGUUUCUAAUCAACACAUGCCACUUCGUUCAUAUUAUGAAUAACCCGAUACGCAAGUCCAACUCGGCAAUUUACAAAGAAACAUAUGAGCUGACACUGAAGACAGAGAAGAGAAACGAAAUACUAUGUUUAACGUGGUGGUUAAAUACUCACAGUGAUUUCAUCAGAUCUAUUAUUGAAUCGAAAAAUGAAUGGUAAUUACUGAUUCCAACAAAAUUAAUUCUGUUUGCAUUGUUUUUAAUUUAACAAAAGGUAAACCGAUUAUUUAUUUUACUGAAUAUAUAUUGAAGUAUAAACGUAGUCGUCGAAAUCUGGUUUGCAACAGAAAUUCCAGUACCUAUCAGUUCGGAUAUGGUUAAUUACUAAUAAUUCUGGUUAUUUUUUUCUAACCACCGAUAGUGUGUCAUCUUGAUAUUGACCUGAUAGUUGUAAAUUGUUAGGUAGUUCGGGUUGAAUGAUGCCUAUUUAUGAGACGAUACAAUGAUUGGAUAUAUAUUUGUGACAGAUACUAAGUAGUUGUCUCAUAAUCACUAAACAAUGUUACUUGUUUAUAAGUUAAACGAAUAAACAGCGAAAGAUGAACGACUGCAUUGAUCAGACAAAGUUUUUCAUAAAACGUAAGGAGAGACAGGAUAGUAUCUUAGAUGAAGUAGUUUGAUAAUUUUUUUUAAUAGAAUGCAUCAUGCUUGUAUGAAAAACUGUCAAAUAAAAUAUUGAUACGAAAUGAGUGCACUCAUCAGGAUUCAUAACUACCACUGUCAAGAGCGUUUUCAGUUUUGGUACUUAGAUAAGAUAUCUACACCACACUUCGAUCAAUAAUUGAUUCGGGCACCCUUAAGUUGAAACAUAUUUAUUUGAUCACAUAAACAUUUCUACACGGAAGCUAUAAAAUGCAUAUGUGCCACACAAUUACAAUGAGGCCAGUAGUAGUUAUCAUUGAUUUGCGUGAGGGUUGGAAUACUACCCCGGUCCCCAAACCAAAGCAGGUGGUUCUCUUAUGAGGUGACACCCCGAAUCUUUGACCUAAAUGUUUAAUCUACAAGACCUUUGAGGGUUUAAAUUGAAGUUGAGUAGGACUAAAUUACAUAACUGUUUGUUAUCAUCAAAAAAACAAUGAAGCGACUUGUAAAUGAUCACGUCGCAUCCACUUAUAUGUCUGUAGAUUCACUUGCAUGGAAUGAAGUAAGUUUUAUGUGUAUUUACAGAUGGUUAAAAGACGAAUGAAGUUGACAACACUUAAUAUGAAUAAAUUCCAGUUGUCCAAUAACAGAAAAUGACAAAGAUUCUAUCUGUCUUGUAUUUAAAAUUAUAUUACAAAUAAAUCAUAGUUUCAAUCUGAAUAUAUCCAUUAUAGUAUUGUGAUGAUUAAUUUAUAAUUUAUCGAGUAUAUUACUAUUGAACAAUUUAAUUUCCCAAUAUUUAAUUAUUCAAAAACAUUUUAAAUUUACAAGAAACUUAUCAUGAUAAUAUUAAUUUUAAUUACUUUUAUAUCAAUAAUUAUGUGAAUCAUGUCUAAUUAUCCCUUAUACUUAUUAUAUUUAGUUUAUAUAGAUAUAUAUCUUCUUUAGUUGUGAUCAAUUCUCUGUUCAAAAGUGUAUAUUACGCGCCAAUUUAAUUAAAAGCUUCUAAUAAACAUCAAAGAGAUUAACUAUUUUCAUUAUUAAAAAAAAUAAAGUAGAUUUUAAUUAGUUACAUAUUGAAAUGAAGAAUACAUUUUGAAAUAAAACAAAGAAUAGAAACAAUAUCAUAAGAUUAUGCUUAGAUUUAUAAAUAAUUAUUAGUUGCUUACUUAUUAAA